CAAAUAUCUAAUCGCCUCUCUCUCUCUCUCUCUCUCUCUCUCUCUCUCUCUUGUUUUCUCCUCGCUUCUCUUCAUUCCUUCAUUCAGUCUUCUCUUUUGUUGUUUCCUUGCUAUCUGGGUAGCAGCUCUUGAGGCUCAGAUGGCAGGGAGCAAUCUCUUCGUCUCUAAAGUAUAUAUCUGAAAAGUUUUCUGUUUGUCUGAUCUGGGUUUUCAUUGCCCUUUCCCUAGAUCAUACGUUUCUCCAUUAAAUCUUUACUUCUCUGCUUCAACUCUUAACAGAUAUCAAUAUACACCUCUGGGCUAUUGGGAGGUUGCUUCCUUUAGCAUCGGAAAGACUGGGUUUUAUGCGGGAGAUGGGAGAAGCGCAGUAUCAUAUAAGAAAUCAUCUUUAAUUGCUUAAGCUUUUCUUCUGGACAUUUGAGGAUUAUGGGUAGAGGCAGAGGAAAGGGUAAGAAGCUGACUGUUGUUACGAGUCAUGAGGAUCCUGGGAGUGGUGGGGAGGAAUCACUUCCUGCAUACAAGAGAAGGGGGAGGCCACAGAAGCCAUUGAAGGAUGAGAUUGAUGAAGAAGAGGCUGAGAAGAUUGAAGAGGAAGAUGGGCUGGAUACUAAACCAGUUACUUCUAACAAAGAGAUAAAGGGUCCAUCAGUGGCAGAUAAUGGAAAGAAGAGGAAGAGGUACUCACAAGCAAAAGAGAAUAAAGAUUCUGUCAAGGAAGAGAAUAGCACUGCAACCAAAUCAAGCACAGCUAACUUGGUCAAGUCGAAUGGUUUUCGACAGAAUGGGAAUAGGCGUAAAAGCAAGCCACGUAGGGCUGCGGAAGCUGGUGUUGAGUGUAAGUGAUAUUUGGGUUAGCUGUCGCACUGAGUUUCUUCUCUUUUCCCUUCAAUAGAUAAUGCAUGGGUCUGAGAAUCAGUUGCUGUUGGUUCAUCUCUGGUUCUUUAUUUUUUUUUUCUUUUUCUUUCAACUUUUUCUGUUUUCUUUUCUUUCCUUCUUUUGUAAUUUUUGAUUGUCAGUUCAUUGUUGAUGAAUGAUUUUGUUUGGGAGGUUUGGAACAGGCUAUAUAUAUUUUUUUCUUCCAUUAAGGUAGUAAUGUUGGAUAUUUGCUCUAGUUUUAUCAUAUUAUAUAUAAUUAAUUGAUGUGGCA